AUGGGCUCCUCUCCCUCCAAACAAGCCCAAUCGGACGCGCAAAAGUCGCUAACCCGGCUGUCCAAGGUGUCUGAAAAGCACUUUUAUCCUGACACCGCCACUCCCGACUUGGCCACUCUUCCUCAGCUACAAUCCCUGCCGGAUAUUGACGGUCUGGAUCUCAAUGGAGACAACAACGAGAAAGACAUUGCCAACCUGCUGUCUGAGUGGCGAGCCAACUUCCUGGACUCUCCCAAGAACCGUCUGGCUCUCGCAGCUCUGUCCAGAAGUGACUACCAGUCGUUGCUGAUCCAAGACGACAGAUACAAUGACCAGAACCCUGCUGUGUUCACUCACGUGAUCAAGUACGACGGCCAGAAAGACACCCCCGUGACCAACCAGCGCUCUUCAGGAAGAUGCUGGCUGUUUGCCUCCACCAACGUGUUCCGAGUCCAGCUCAUCAAGUCGUCAGCCAUUAAGCCCAAGGACUUCCAGUUCUCCCAGGCGUAUCUCUUCUUUUACGACAAGCUGGAGAAGGCGUCGUAUUUCCUGGAGCAGAUCAUCGACACCGCCGACGAAGAUCUCGACUCUCGACUGGUCCAGGAACUACUCAAGGCUCCUGUCAACGACGGAGGACAGUGGGAUAUGGUUGUCAAUCUGGUAGAGAAGUAUGGUCUGGUGCCUCAGGACGUGUUCCCCGACUCAUGGAACGCCCAGAACUCCGGCCAUCUCAACUACUUGCUUACUAACAAGCUGAGAGAGUACGGUCUGGCUCUCCGAAAGCUCAUCCAGACCGAAAAACCUACCCCUGAGCUGCUACUCUCCCUGCGACGACAAUACACCCAGAACGUGUACAACAUUCUUGCUACUUCUCUGGGAGUGCCUCCUGCUGCUAACGAGACCUUCAAGUGGGACUACUGGACCAUUGAUGGCAAGCCCCAGCAGGUCACCACCACCCCCAUCAAGUUCUACAGAGACAAUCUCAAGCACCCCGCCUCGCAGUACUUUUCCCUCAUCAACGACCCUCGAAACGACUACAAGCAGUUGUAUACCGUUGACCGGCUUCAGAACAUUUCUGGAGGCCGUCCCAUCACCUACGUGAACGCCGACAUCUCCGAGCUCAAGAAGGCCGCCAUCAAGAUGAUCCAGAACAACGAGCCUGUCUUUUUUGGUUCUGACGUGGGCCAGUUUGGAGACCGAGCCACCGGUAUUCUGGAUCCCAAGUCGUGGGAUUACGAUCUGGGCUUCAACACUUCUCUGGGAAUGAAUAAGGAGCAGCGAGUGUCCACUGGAGCGUCGUCCAUGACCCAUGCCAUGGUGAUUACCGGAGUCCAUCUUGAGGACGGAGUACCGGUUAAGUGGAAGAUUGAAAACUCGUGGGGAGCUGACACCGGAAAGAAGGGCUAUUUCCAGAUGUCGGAUAAGUGGUUUGACGAGUACGUGUUCCAGGUUGUUUCUUCUGCCCAGUACGUUCCCAGAGAGCUUCAGCAGGUGCUCAAGACCAAGCCCAACGUCCUGCCUCUGUGGGAUCCCAUGGGAGCCUUGGCCUAA